UUUCAAAAAUAAGAUUUAUAUCACUAUGAUCAAUUAUUGGUCAUGGUGGUGGGAAGUCGACAACGAUAGAGACGCCCUUGCUCGCACAAUACUCACUAUUUCGGUUCCUAUUCUAGCCAUUCUUUGGUACAAGUGGACCGGAUCGUUUACAAACCGUGGAAGAAACCGAGUGCCACCAGGUCCCUAUGGCUUACCCGUUGUCGGGUACCUUCCGUUUUUGAGCCACAACUUACAUGAAAGAUUCACUGAGAUGGCUCAUAGAUAUGGUCCUAUCUUUAGCCUGAGGCUUGGAAGUAAGUUUCAUGUUGUGGUGAACUCCAUGGACCUUGCAAAGGUAGUGGCUCGUGAACUUGACCAGACCUUUGCUAACCGCAAUCCUCCUAUCACAGCGCUCACCAUUACUUAUGGCGCUCUUGAUGUUGUAUGGUCCAACAACAACGCACACUGGCGCAACAUGCGUAAACUUUUGGUGAGCCAAGUGUUGAGCAAUGCAAAUCUUGAUGCUUUUCAGGGUUUUAGAAUAGAUGAAGUGAGAAAGUCUAUGAGUAACGUUUAUGCAAAGAUGGGGACACCUGUUGAUAUAAAUGAAAUUGCUUUCGACACAGAACUUAACGUUGUAACAAGCAUGCUAUGGGGUUGUAGUAGCAAUUCUGGUGAUAUUUUUCAUGGGUUUCGAGAAGUUGAGUUCAAGAUUAUCGAGUUACUGGGCGCACCAAAUAUCUCUGAUUUUAUCCCGAUGUUAUCAUGGUUUGAUUUACAGGGAAGAAAGAGAGAAAUGCAGAAGCAACGCGAACAUCUUGAUAGGAUUUUUGAGAGCGUAAUAGAAGAAAGAAUCAAGACAAACUCUAGAAAAAUGGAGGGCGCAGUUGAGGAAGAUGGAAGGAAAGAUUUUCUGCAGAUCAUGUUAGAGCUUAAAGAUCAGAAAGAUGCUUCAACAUCAUUUGACAUAGUUCAAAUAAAGGCCUUAUUAUUUGACAUCUUGACAGCAACCACGGACACAGCAUCAACGAUGGUAGAAUGGGUGAUGGCAGAGAUUUUGCGCAAUCCAGAUGUAAAGACAAAGAUUCAGGAAGAACUAAUGAAGGUCGUUGGAAUGGAUAAUAUUGUAGAAGAAUCUCAUCUUCCCAAAUUAAAAUAUUUAGAUGCAGUAGUCAAGGAGACAUUUAGGAUACACCCUCCACUGCCUCUCUUAAUCCAGAGAUGCCCAGAUGAAUCUUGCAUGGUGGAUGGAUACCAAAUUCCAAAGGGUAGUAUCGUCUAUAUUAACGUUUGGGCGAUCCAACACGAUCCCAAGAACUGGACGAAUCCUUUAGAGUUCAAGCCCGAGAGGUUCUUGAAUGGAAAAUGGGAUUACAGUGGAACUAAUAUGAAGUUUUUACCAUUUGGAUCAGGAAGACGGAUAUGCCCAGGGGUCCCCCUUGGGGAGAAGAUGUUGAUGUAUAUAUUAGCAUCACUCUUGCAUUCUUUUGAAUGGAUCUUGCCUAAAGAUGAAGAGUUUGAGCUUUCAGAUGAGUUUGGUUUUGUGACAAAGAAAAGGAAACCUCUUGUUGCUAUACCUUUUCAAAGAUUAUCUAAUUCAACUCUCUAUGAGUAAUCUACUUGUAUUGUUCAAUGAAUAACAUGCCAUAAAUUCAGAAAGCUAUAUUGUAAUGUCCUUACAAUUUAAAAGUAUAUUGGAUGCAUUCGGUAUGUAGUUGUGUUUU